ACACCACAGAUUAGACAAAAAAUUAAGAAGAAGGAGAAAGAACACUUUGACAGAUUAUUAAUCAUGUCUUACAACGGGAGCAGUGUCAUGAUCAGCCCUGUGGUGCAAGGUAAGGAGCAGAAGGACAUCAUGAACAAUAUGCAGAACCACAACAUUGGCAACAGCACGAGUGUCCCAGUGAGUGGCUCAUGCUUCAAUGGAACCUCCUUUCUCAGUGGCAACUCUGUCAAUGCACCGCCGCCGCCGCAGAUGCCAACUUAUUCUCUUACUGGAAUAAGAGGAAACGCAACCUUUUAAGCCGGCGGGGGCAAGAGGAGACCAACAUGAGCUUCAAAGAUGAAUGAAUGAAUGAAUGAAUCAAUCAAUCAACUGAAACUCUAUGUAUCGUAAUAUACACCCAAAUAAAACCGCUUAACAGCGUGUUUGUAAUCACACAAUGUGUGUUUGAAUGAAUAAAAUCAUGGGCGUUUUGUGUGUA